UUUUUGCGAAAUAUGCGUUUUCUUACAAAAUUGCUUUUAUUUGGUUUGUGUGUAGCGCUUUCAACAUCCAGACCAUCUCAGACUGAUGAUGAUGAUGGGAAAAUGGAUGAAACUGAAUACGAAGAAGAUGACGAACGCGCUGACGAGAAUAUUCGAGAAGAAACCAAGUCUUUGAAGAGCGACAAUAAACGAAGUUUUGACGAUCAGGCUAAAGAAAUUGAUGAUGAUGAUGACUAUACGGAACCAGAUUCUGAAGAUCCAGCCGUUAAAAGCAACGAUAAACAGCUUCAAGGUGAUCAGAAAAUAAGUUGCAAAGAUGUUUUGAAAGACUAUCAAAAUGCAGAAACUGCGAAAGAAGAAAGUACUGCACAUAAAAUGAAAUCAAAUGUAUACAAAAGAACCUCUAAAGAAGAAAGUGAACCAACGCCAGACAUGACAUUAAAAGAGAAAAUAUAUAGUUACCGAGAUCAAAACAGAAAUGAAUUUGGUGUAAAAGAAGAGACAAUACCAAAGAAUAGAGAAUCGCAUGAGUAUGCAGGAAAAGUGUCUGAUAAGAAAUUGGAAAACAACCGUGACACAGAUCUCUCUAGUGGACCAGAAAACGUCGGUAAAAUUCAUCCUAAAAGAGAUACAAUUGAACCUUCUGACACUAGUGAUUCAGGUGAUAAAAAGGAGCACAAAGAGUUUUCUAGAAAAGACCUCGAAAAUUUGCUUAGUUCUCUAUCUAAGUUCUCUAUAGAAAAACUUAACAUUCUAAAGACGCUCAUUAAUGAUGAAAACGUUGCUAAAAGAGAUAUAGAAAAGAAAUCUAACGCUGCUAAAGCCAAGGUAUCUGACGAUGGCAUUAUUGACGUUAGGGAUCACCAAGAGAAGUGUCAUUCAUCUUUACCGAACGACUCAGAAAUGCCGCACAGCAUACAUUCGUUGAACACGGGCUCAACAUCGGGUUGUGAAAUAAAAAUUCCAAAUGAUAUGUGCAAUUUAACAAAACUACAAGCUGAGCUAUCCGAUACAGAUACGAACCAGGACAAGACCCAAUCAAAGGAAGUUAAAUUCAUGGACGACACUCUUACUGACAUUAUGGAUAUGAAUAAUGAGAAUAACAAAGAAAAGGGUGUGAGUGACUUAGAAAAUAUAGCCAAUUUGGAAUCUUUUUAUGACUUUUCAGAACACCGCAAUAAUUAUAAAGACAACGAAAAUGAAAACAUUAACGAUUACGCCGAAUCCGAAAAAAUUGAUAGCAAAUUACUUAAACGAGAUACAUCUAUGUCUGAUGCUUCAAUGAAACAACAACAACUUGAAGAUUCAUUUCCCAAAGCAAAUGAAAAUAGCGAUUUAGAUUUGGAACCACUAGUAAGAGUGAAGCGGACAGAAGGACAAAAAUAUGUGGAAAAAGAUUCAAAACAAACUAGCCCAAAUAAUCAAAAUGCUGAAGUUGAAAAUAAUAUUAGUUCAGACUACGAUAAAAUUUUAAGGGACAAUGAUAAACUGGCCCUUAUUGAUAAAGAAAUAAGUUCACAGGAUGCUGAAGUAGAUAGUUUAGAAAACUUAACUGAACUUAAAGAUGUCAACAGAUACAAAAGAAUUCGUCAGGCAGAUGAAUAGUAAUAUGAUUGACAAAAUUCAACUAUUUUACAUUUAUUAAAAGAAAUGAUUAGACGAAAUGUAAU